CCUACAUGAGGAGGGGGUAAACAGAGCUGAGUUAUCUUCAGGGGCAAGAGUUCACGUGAAGCUCAACUGCUGGCCCAGCUCAUGGAGGUCUUCAGCUGGGGCUAUGGUUGAAACCCUCAUCACCUUCAUUUGUGGAUUUAUUUCUUCUCUGCUCCACACUGUGUGGAGAACAUUAGUGCCCUACGAGGAGCGAACCUCGCCUCUGACGGAUCUCAUGGAGGUGUUGAGUCCCAGACAGCUGGCUGUCAAACAGCUGAAGCAACAGUUCCUGAAAGCGCUACAGGCCAAUGAUGCUCAGCAGGUGCUGCAGAUCCUGCACACUGGGAAAAUAGACAUCAACCUGGUGCUGGAAGUGGAUGACCCCGGCAUGAUACUGGCCUCAUACAAACAAGGUUAUUGGCUCCCAGGCUACAAACUGGAGAAGUCGUGGGCGAUGGGGAUUCAUGUGUGUGUGAUGUACAAUGCUCUGGAAACAGCUCUGGUGCUCCUUCAGGAAGGUGCAGCCAUCAACCAGAUGCCCAACGGGAAGACCCCGCUGCACGUGGCCUGUGAGGUUUCAAACGUCGAUUUUGUUUCUCUGCUUUUGUCUCACAGGGCGAAGGUGAACAGCCUGUCACUGAGCGGACACUCACCGCUGCACCACUGCACCAGCCGGGAGUCUGUGGACUGUGCCAAGCAGCUCAUCCUCAAAGGUGCAGAUGUCAACAUGCGGAGCCACAGCAACGAUGAGGAGACUCCUCUACACACAGUAGCCAGGUUUGGCGUACCGGAGCUGGUGGCUCUCUACUUGGCCCAUGGAGCAUCUGUGGACGCGCUCAACUCUCUACAGGAGACUCCCCUGAUGACUGCCGCCUUCUGGGCUUUUGACACCAAAGAGCAGAUCUACAGAGAAGACCACCAUCUGGUCUGUCGCCUCCUACUAGACCACAGAGCAGAUCCAAACCUCCAAGAAGAAGACCAUAAAACAGCUCUCCACAAAGCAGCCUGGAACUGCGAUCACGUCCUGAUGCAGAUGCUGCUGGAGGCCGGAGCAGACACACGAGCCAUGGACAUCAACGGCUGUGCCCCCAUCCAGUAUCUGCUCAAAGUGACAGAUGUUAGGCCUGCUGCCGUACCUGAGCUCUGCUACCAGUUGCUGCUCAACCACAACGCAGCACGGAUCUACCCACCACAGUUCCACAAGGUGUUGCAAUCGUGUCACAACUUCCCCAGAGCGGUGGAAAUCAUGGUCAACUCUUAUGAGCGCUUAAAGCCCACAAAGAAGUGGAGAGCUGCCAUUCCUGAGGACUGCUACAAGAGACAUGAAGUCUUCUACGACUCUUUGUUUGCCGUUUGCACCAACACUCCUCGCAGCCUGCUUCACCUGAGCAGGUGUGCCAUCAGAAGCAGCCUGGCUGAGCUCUGUCACCGGGGUGUAGAACAGCUGCCUCUGCCUUCUUCCAUGAAGAAAUAUGUAUUACUGGAGCCUGAGGGGAUUCUCUACUGAUGAUGGGCACAGAUAUCAGUGAAGUUAUUGGACCAAUUCCUUUAACUGACGCCUGUUAUCUAAAGGAUCUGGAACAUUCAUCAACGUACUAUGCAGUGAAAAUGCUCAGUGGUGCACAUUUCUCUCAUGCAUACUGUUCCCUAUAACUUUUUUUAAGAAAAGAAAGGAAAAGAAAUCCUCCUUUCAGUGUUUGUCUGCAUAAAAAGUAAUUACUGUUAUGUUAACUGGAGAGUAAGAAAUUCAAUCUGCCACAUGAAACCACCAGCCUCUCCAGGUUACCUCUACUUUCUUUUGUCCUUUAGUUAUUUAGAUUUAUUGGAACUUUUUUAAAAGUUUCUUUAAAAGGCCUUUUCUAAAAUAAGAAUCAUCAAAAAGACAAAGUAGUCUGUAUCUACAGUGCCUACAAAAAGUAUGCACCCCCUUGGAUGUUUUACCCCCUUGACCUGGAAGGUCCAGUCACUGGUUAAUCAGUAUACCUGGCUACCAUUACACCGUGAA